AUGACGACGACGACGACCGCAAAACUCGACAAAAAGCACGGUGCCCACAAACAGGCGCCCUCCUCCCCCGAAAUCCGCCCCAACAAUGCCCAGAAGCGCUCAGACUUUGACCUAGAGCCGAACCCCUUUGAACAGUCCUUCUCCCGCCCACCGACAAAAACGUCGCCCUCACGAGACGAUGCGUCGUCCUCGGCGUCGGGCAGCGACGACGGCCACUCACACAACGACGCCGCCGCCGCCGCCAACGGCGCCAGGCCCCGAUCGCGCGCAAGCGACGGCCAUUCCCACCAACAGACGUCAACGUCGUCGCGCUCCCGAGGCGCUUCAUCCUCCUCGCCCCGCCCGCUUCUCCCGCCCGUCGCCGCCAUCUCCUCUCCCGCCGACCCCUCCUCGUCGUACUGGUCCUUCUCGUCGCUACGCGCGGGUCCUCUGUCACCCGCAAUGUUGACCGCACCCACAGAUCAGCAAUCGCAAGCGCAGGGGUCUCAGCCGCAUACACAGUCGUCGUCGCUCCAGUUUGAUCCGUCCUCGUUCCGCACUGGGCUCACUCCUCGCACGGGCCUCACACCAAGGACGGGCCUGACCCCAGGGACAGGACUGACACCACUAGUAGGAGGGCCUGUCGCAUUUCCCAACACACCCAGCGGCUAUUCGUCGAUGAUGAACGGGACAGGGGCUAGCGGACCUACCAUCACUCCCAAUACUUUGAAUGCGCUAACGGGAGCGCUCAACGGUGCCGGAGGAGGGUAUACAGGAGCUCUGCACGCGCCACCCGCGGGAAAUGUCAACGGCAUGUCAGGAGGUGACUACAUCUCGUCCGCAAACCAGGCGGCUAGUGCAGCGGCAAACGGCCUAUUUUUGUUAUCACAAGCUCAUCAGGAGCUGACGAAGCGGGAAGAAGCCCAACGAGCCAGCAAUGCCAGCCCGCAGAAUAACAGCUCCUCCAACUCCAACGGAAGUGCGAACGGAAACAAUGCUACGAACGGUGGCUCAACGAGACGAGGACAGAAACGCAAGUCUUACGACAGAAGAUCGGUCGAUUCGCAAAGUGCGCAACAAGCACCUGUAUCAAAUACAACUUCCAAGAGUAAACGUGGGCGAACGAACAGCACGAAUAGACGCAGGAUGUCACCUGAGGACAUGGGCAUGGAUGAUAUGGACGACAUGGACGACAUGGAUGAUGACGGCGAUAGUGGUAAUGGAGGCGAUGAACUAGAGUCAAUGCAAAGCAACCAGGGUGGAGGCGGCGGCGGUGGAGGUAGGAGAGGCAACAAGAAGCCUGAGACGGAGGAGGAGAAGCGGAAGAACUUCUUGGAGAGAAAUCGACAAGCCGCACUGAAAUGCCGCCAGCGCAAGAAGGCGUGGUUAGCGCAGCUGCAAGCGAAGGUUGAGUAUCUCACGCAGGAGAACGAUCGCCUGACGUCGGCUCUGGUGACGUCGCGUGAGGAAAUAUCGCGGCUGUCGUCUCUGGUUGGGGGUGGAGGCGUUGUCGGUAUGCCCCUCGGCGUCGUCGCUUCGCAUGUAGGCGUCAAUGGUGGCGGUGGAGGAGGGGGCGGCGGCGCAGUGCAGCCGGUAAGCAUGAACGUUGCGCUGCCGGCGAAGCAGCAGCAGAGCGUCGGCGCGCGAUCGGGAUACGGGUAUUAG